UCUAAAACCAUGUAAAUAGAAUUUAUUCAAGUUUUUAUUAUCAAACAGAAGUGUGAACGUAUAUACACACACACACACACAUAUAUAUAUUUUCAUGUUAAAAAAAAAUAAGAGUUUUAUCUUUCACGAGGACGACUGUGAGACUGGAAACUAGUUGAUUCGUAUUUGUGUGUAAUUAACACGUAAAGACAAAAACAUAUUUGGACUGUCAUUCACAUGCAUCCCCCACGGGAACCGUAAACUUCACCGUACACCCGUCGCCAUGCAUGUUAUGUUUCAUCUUAUGCGUAGCAAAACCACAAGCUUCUCCCCUCCGUCACUUUGUAUAUAUAUACACAAUCAUUUAAUCUUAAUCUUAAACAACAAAAAACAAUGGCAAUCAAGACUAGGUCCCCUCUGCUACUACUCUUCUUCCUUCUCUUCUUCCUCCUCUCCGCCGUCUUCCUCCACUCUUCCGCAUCGGAUCAAUCGGAAGACCUAGACGAGCUGGAGCUGAAUGGAGAACUAGAUGAGAGCGAGGAAGAGUACUUAUGGAACCAGCAGGACCCUGCUCGACGUGAGUACCAGCAGUGCCAACAACGUUGCCAGAGACAACAAGGUCAGAGCCAGCAGCAAUGUCGGAGAUCAUGCGACCAGCAAUUACAACGCCGCCGACAACGAUUCAGGCAGUGCCAGCAGCAAUGUCAGAGGAGACUUCCGCAGGAGAGGCAAGAGUGUCAGAGAAUGUGCCAGCAACAGUCAAGACAGGGAACAGAGGUUAAUCAAGAUCGGAGCAAUCCUUACUACUUUGAUUACCAGAGCUUCCGCAAUAAAUACCAGUCUCCGUCGGGACACUUCAAGGUUCUACACAUGCUUACUGACAAAAAUCCUCAACUUUUUGAAGGCUUUCGAAACUAUCGAUUUGCGUUUUUAGUGGCAAAUCCUAACACUUUUAUCCAGCCACAUUAUGUCGAUGCUGUGUCUAUUCUUGUUGUGGUCCAAGGGAGAGGGACAGUUUCUCUGGUGUGCCAGGAGGGAAGGGAAUCACUCCAGGUAGAGCGUGGUCAUGUCAUUAGAGUACCUGCAGGUGUUCUCGUCUACUUAAGUAACCCAGAUAAUAACCAGGUCCUCCAAAUUGCCAGGCUUAUCGAACCCGUUUUAAUUCCUGGUUUAUUCAAGGAAUACUUCAUUACUGAAAUUGGAAAUAAAGGAGGGUCAGUAUUGAGUCAGUUCAGCCAGGAGGUUCUUGAGAGUUCUCUCAAUACACCAAGACAAGAGAUUGAAAGGGUCCUGCAGAGUCAGAGGCGUCCGGCAAUCGAGAAAGCCUCACCGGAGCUUCUGAGAAAGCUGAGUCAACAAGCAACUUCUUCGCCAAGACAGAUAAAGGAAAUUCUCAGACCAUUCAAUCUUCUCCGGCAGAAACCCGCUUACUCUAACAACUGGGGCCAGUUCUUUGAGGCUCAUCCCCGCCAACACAGGCUGCUAGAGGACCUCGACGUCUCUGUUAACAUCGCUCAGAUGAAACAAGGAUCAAUAUUUGUGCCCCACUACAAUUCGAAGGCAACAACGGUUGUACUAGUGACAAAGGGACGCGUACGCUUUGAAAUGGGUUGCCCCCAUGUGUCGUCAAUGCAGAGGCAAGGUGGAGCUGAACAGGGGCAGAUGCAGAGAAUCGUGGCGCAGGCUUCUGCCGGUGAGGCCUUCCUCAUCCCUGCAAAUCACCCGGUAGCAUCCACUGCCGUAGAAGAUGCCGAAACAGUCGGGUUUGGAAUCAGAACGCAUAACAACGAGAGGAAUUUCCUUGCAGGACAAAACAAUAUAAUCAACAACAUGGAGGAUGCAGCAAAAGCUCUUACCUUUGGGCCACAGCAGAUAGAACAAGUGAAGAGGGUAUUCAGAAGCAACCCUAAUGAAUCUUACUUUGUGGGGAGUAAACGAAGGGAAGGAGGGCACCAUGGAGUUUCCUGGAUUUUGGAGUUGGAGGGGUUAGCAGGCUGAGAGAGUUUGUGUUAAUAGUAAGCUAAAGAAAGCUGUAUGAAUAAGGCCUUGCUCCUAAUAAUCUUGUUAAGUCAAUAAAUCCAGUGCAUGGUUUUU